AUGAUAGCAGCACACAAAAAGUUUAACGAUGUUGUGAGAAUCCUAGUAAAUGCAGGAGCAAAUCCGAGUUACAUUUCAUCACAGAAACGAAUGGCUUUAUACUACGGAAACGACGAAACACGAGCAAUCAUACUAGGUUACAACGGUCCUGAAUACAGAAAACGCAAAAUUUACGAAGCAGUUCAAGAAAAUUCGGUUGAUGGCGUCAAAUACUUACUCAAAAUCGGCAAGAACAUCGAUGAAGUUGGUGAACAAGGCAAUACACCAUUUUUACUAGCCCGUCAAUCAGGAAAUGCAGAAAUUGCAAAAUUAUUAGUUACAUUCGGCUGUAAUCGCUUUGCAGUGAACUCAGAUGGCGACAAUGCCUUGAUUUUAGCAGUAAAGAAUGGCCGAAACGAAGUAAUUACCAUUCUUCAUCAAGUCGGAUUUCAUUUCUACGACAUCAAGAACGGCAAAUCACUUUUAAUGAUUGCAAUUGAGUUCAACCACAUUGAAGUUGCCAAGCAAUUGCUAAUGUACGGUCAGGAUAUCACUUAUCAGGAUCCUUCUGGCAAAAACGCACUUUUUUAUGCGAUUGAAUAUGGAAGAAGUGACUUUAUUGUUUAUUUAGCGAACCAGAACACGUUUAAUUCACGUGUAGAAGGUUGCGAUGCCAUGCUUUACGCGUGUUUGAAAGGAAAACAAGCAGUUCUUGAAGAAUUGAUUAAAUUAAAUUUCAUUUCGAGCAAAAAAGAUGCAUUUUUAAUGGCAUGCAGAGGUGAUAACGUGAAUAUCUGUGAUUUCUGGAUAAGAAAUGGUAUUGAUAUCAAUUCUACGAACUCUGAUGAUGAAUCAGCACUAAUGAUUUCAUUAAAAUAUGGUUUUAGAGUGCCAGGAUACCUUUUAAACCACAAUCCCAAUAUUAAUUAUACCAAUUCUCGUGGUCAUUCCGCUUUUUCUUAUGCUGUUUUGUACGAAAAUCCGUUUUCUCGAAGAAAUGCUUGUAAGAAUCAAUCUUGA